AUGACGUACUAUCACAUUUUUAGCUCCAUAUCCUCUACAAUAAGCCACCAAAAAGUUAAACUUGUUCCUCAACGGAUGAAAAAGUAUAUUAUGCAUCUAUCAAAAGCUGUAACAACUACUGCUGUAAUCAUGGGUUUUGUUGUCUUUGUGUUUUAUUACAACAUGUUCAAUUUAGUAAACUUUUACUCAAUGGCAAAACCUUUGAAUGAAAUGAGCACAACAGUUAUUUCCAACAGUGAAACUGAUUUCAUUCUCGAGACAGCAGGAUGUAACAUACCAAACUUUUCUAAAACGCUCAAAUUUAUAGAAGCGAAAUAUGAAAAGAAAACAUGUGGUCAUCGCGCUAUAUUCGUUGAUAAAAUUGAACAAGAUAAAAUACAAUUUACGAUUCACAAUCAGACUAUGAAAGAAUACAGCAAGAGCAAACAUUUUACUUGCUGUUACAAAUUCGCUUCCCGAUCUACCGAAUCCGGGAACGAGGAUACUGCAAUAACAUUUUCAUCUUGCAAACCAUUCAAAAAUGGUACCAUCGUCGAAUUGGAACAAGAAGUUAUUAAAGUCUCAUGUAGCAUCAAUUCCGCUAAAACUUGGCACGUUAUUUACGAAGAUGCUUACAUUGUUAUUAAAAAUAUAUAUAUAUUAGGAAACGAAAACGUAAAUAGUAAGAACUUUUGGAAUGUGAUGGUGGUUGGAAUGGACACAAUGUCGCGCGCAAGGGUGUAUGACACUAUGCCACACACCGUCAAAUAUUUACAAAAUCAUAAAUGGCUGGAUUUUAGAGGAUAUCAAAAAGUAGGUUUUAACACAUUCCCAAACCUAAUGGCUUUUCUUACUGGAAAGAAAAUGUCUACAGUUUACAAAGCUUGCGCUAAGGGAAUGGGCGAAUGUAACGACCUAUUAAUAUGGAAAAAAUUCAAAGAUGCGGGUUACGUCACUGCUUACGGACGUGUACAGACGCUGGAG